AUGGCAUCGGAAACAGUGGAUCCCGCGCAAGCUUUCAUGGCGAAGAUAUCUGAUCGGUAUAAGUCGUUGCAUGACAUAACUGCUCGCGGAACAUCCAAUGUGCAACAGUUUUACAGCGGAGCUACCGUAUUCCUGACUGGAGGAUCAGGACAUAUAGGAAAGCAGCUGAUUGAAAAACUUUUAAGAGCAACGAAUGUUUCUAAAGUGUAUAUCUUACUGAGAUGCAAAAAGGGAAAAUCUAUACAACAGAGAUUAGCGGACAUAUUAAAAGAUUCAUUGUAUGACACGCUUCGAGAACAGCAGCCGGAAUUUGUUGACAAAAUAGUGGCUAUGGAAGGAGACGUGUCCGAACUAAAGCUUGGCUUGAAUGACAAAGACUGGAACACUAUUGCUGAUGAGGUGGACAUAAUAUUCCAUUUGGCUGCCACAACUAGAUUUGACGAAACCCUCAAGAGAGCUACCUUCAUCAAUGUUCGGGGUACGAGGGAGAUGCUUGACAUCAGCAAGGCUUGUAAAAAGUUAAGGUCAUUCGUUUACGUAUCUACAGCUUACACAUUUGCUAGUGCGGAUCGUAUUAAUGACACAGUUCAGGAAAAGUUCUAUCCUAGUCCAUUAAGUCCAGAAACCAUGAUCGGCAUAGCUGAAACUAUGGAAGAAGAAAGAAUAAACGAUAUAGCAACAAGUAUGAUUAAAAGUUGGCCUAAUACGUACACGUUUACGAAGGCGGUCGCUGAAAGUUUGGUCAAAGAUAUGGGGAAAGAUCUCCCGAUAUGUGUGGUUAGGCCGGCAAUUGUAGUUGCCACUAUGAGAGAACCAACGCCAGGUUGGUUAGACAUGUCCUGUAUAUAUGGCGCCAGUGGAUUCUUAUUCGCAUUGGGAUUAGGUGUAAUGCACGUUUCAUACGUCAGACUAAAUAAUCAGUUAGAUAUCGUGCCCGUGGACUAUGUAAACAACGCUAUAAUUGUUGCUGCGUGGGAGACUGCUAGGACUAAAAGACCAGCGCCACAUGGAGAUGACAUAAAGAUUUACACAAUCGUUUCAUCUUCUAGAAAUCUAGCAACUUGGAACACAUUGGAGCAUUUUCUGGUCAAUGAAGCCCGAAAGUAUGUAACGCCAAAGGCAGUAGGAUAUGGGUUUGUUUGGUGUACGAACAAUCGUCUACUGUUUUGGCUCUACACCUGGCUCCUGCAACUAAUUCCCGCUUAUAUUAUCGACGUAAUUGCUGUUAUUUUUGGAUACAAUAUGAGGUUUGCUAAAUUAGCUCGAAAAUUGCAAAGAAUGAAUUAUGUUCUGGCUUACUUCGUAACAAACGGAUGGCAAUUUGAGGACCAAAAUACGGUUACUCUUCUUGAAAGUCUUCCGGAAGAUGACAGAGAGAUCUUUAACUUCGAUGUGACGAACAUAAAUUGGACUGAAUACAUAAUAAUAUGGUGUCUUGGCCUGAGGAAGUACUUUGUGAAGGAUGGACUAACCGGCACUUUAUAUGCACGCAAAAAGAAUAUGAUUUUAAAAAUUGCAACAUUUAUUCUACUGCCCUUAUAUUUCUAUGGUUUAUUCAAGCUUGUGUAUAGUGCUGUAGCUUUUGUGGCUCGACCUACCGCUAUGUUGCUGCAGGUCCCACCACGUAGCAACCCUUGGAGGCUGAUAUCUUCCCUAGAGUGGCGCGCGUGGGACACAACGCUAGAGCCUACUCGCGCCCAUAAUAGUGGACGACUGACUCCUUUAAUUAGUCACUCGCAAAAUCUAAAGAUUACCAUAGUGACGAAUAUUCAAGAUAAUAUGAAGCAUGAUUACUCAUGUCCUGUAUUAAAAUAA